GAUCAAACAACUCAUGAAGAAGGAAUUCACCCUAGAGUUCUCUCGUGACAGAAAGUCCAUGUCUGUCUAUUGCUCUCCAGCCAAAGCUUCCAGGGCUGCUGUUGGUAACAAAAUGUUUGUCAAGGGUGCCCCCGAGGGUGUGAUUGAUCGUUGUAACUAUAUUCGUGUGGGCACCACACGUGUUCCCCUCACUGCCAGUGUUAAGGACCACAUAUUGGGAAUCAUCAAAGAGUGGGGUACAGGACGGGAUACUCUCCGUUGCUUGGCAUUGGCCACUCGAGACACCCCACCAAAGAAAGAAGACAUGUAUUUAGAAGAUUCCACCAAAUUUAUUGAAUAUGAGAAUGACCUGACCUUUGUGGGCUGCGUAGGAAUGUUGGAUCCUCCCCGCAAAGAAGUCUCAGGAUCCAUUGAACUGUGCCGUGAAGCUGGCAUCCGCGUCAUCAUGAUCACCGGCGACAACAAAGGUACCGCGAUUGCCAUCUGUCGCCGCAUCGGCAUCUUUGGCGAAAAUGAAGAAGUGACUGGCAGGGCCUACACCGGCCGGGAGUUUGACGACUUGCCCUCUGCUGAGCAACGGGAAGCCUGCCAAAGAGCUUGCUGCUUUGCGCGGGUUGAGCCCACGCACAAGUCAAAGAUUGUGGAGUUCCUGCAGAGCUUCGAUGAGAUCACUGCCAUGACCGGUGAUGGUGUAAAUGAUGCCCCAGCUCUGAAGAAAGCUGAAAUUGGAAUUGCCAUGGGCUCUGGCACUGCCGUGGCCAAGACUGCCUCUGAAAUGGUGUUGGCAGAUGAUAACUUCUCCACUAUUGUGGCUGCGGUGGAGGAAGGCCGGGCCAUCUACAAUAACAUGAAACAAUUCAUUCGCUACCUCAUCUCCUCUAACGUGGGUGAGGUUGUCUGUAUCUUCCUCACAGCCGCCCUCGGUCUCCCUGAAGCCCUAAUCCCUGUACAGCUGCUGUGGGUGAACCUGGUGACUGAUGGGCUUCCAGCCACUGCCUUGGGUUUUAACCCCCCUGAUUUGGACAUCAUGAACAAGCCCCCUCGCAGCCCCAAGGAGCCCCUGAUUAGUGGUUGGCUCUUCUUCCGCUACAUGGCCAUUGGAAUAUACGUCGGAGCGGCCACUGUUGGGGCUGCUGCCUGGUGGUUCAUAUAUGCUGAGGAUGGACCUGGAGUGUCUUACCAUCAGUUGUCCCAUUUCAUGCAAUGUACAGAUGACCACCCUUCCUUUGAUGGCUUGGACUGUGAAAUCUUUGAGUCCUCUGUCCCCAUGACUAUGGCUUUGUCCGUCUUGGUCACCAUUGAGAUGUGCAAUGCACUCAACAGCCUUUCAGAGAACCAGUCCUUGGUACGGAUGCCUCCCUGGGUGAACAUCUGGCUUCUGGGAUCUAUCUGCCUCUCCAUGUCUCUGCAUUUUGUCAUCCUUUAUGUUGAUCCCCUGCCUAUGAUCUUCAAACUGACACACUUGGACUUGCACCACUGGCUCAUGGUGUUGAAGAUAUCCUUGCCUGUCAUCUUUCUGGAUGAAUGUCUCAAAUUCGUUGCCCGGAACUAUCUGGAGCCAUAAACUCCUUCCCCAUGUAUUCUCCUGUAUCCUGCCUCCCAGACAAUUUAGAAGGAAAGAAGUGAACAUUUGAGUCAUCAUGGAAAUAACCACGUCGUCCCCCCAACCGUCAAGAUCUGCCCAUUUCCCAAACCCCCCACUGUCUUGUCUUCUUCCCCAUCUCUGCUUCUGUGCCCCUCUGUUAUUUAAUAUUGUUUUUCUUCCCCCCUAACUGCUCUGCUAGUGGGAUUGCUAGUGUGGGCCACAAUGCUGGCAUUUGCCACGCCAUGUUCCCUGCCAGCUGCUUCUCUACCCAACCCACAAACAUCACCAGCGACUCGGCUUCUGUACAUUUUGAGCCACCUGCCUGUCCUUGCCUUUGCACACACAAGCUCACGCGCACACACACUUGGACACAUACCGUCCCAAGUGCUUUCCGCAUUAGUGACCACACUAUGUUCGUUUCCCCCUCCUCCCCCUUCUCAUGACUAGAACCCACCUCAAGCCAAGGGCUGGAUUUUUUAAUGCACACAUAAACAGAAGGAAACAUUUUGUUAGGAAAAACAAACAAAUGAAACUCCUCAACUUGGAGGAAAUGAAGAGAUUCUUCUAGCUGCUUAUUUAUUGAUAUUAAAGAAUAAACUCUUAACUGUAUUAAA